AUGGCAUCUCCCGAACAGCAGCUGGACACUCUGAGAGAAGGCCUGAGCCGCGUGAUUCUGGACCAGCUCGCGGAGGUCUUGCGUGAUCAUUCGUCCGGCAACCUGGCGAAACUGGUGUUUCGGUUCGAGGCCUUCAUCCAGGACGGCGGACCUGGGAUGCAGGGCUAUUCACCCCGUUCUGCCGUAGUUUCGAGAAUCGUAGAUCUGUCUGGCAUAAUACCACAGAUUACAACAAACAGCCCGAGCGUGAGCAUCUUCGGAAGAAAACAUGUCGAGAACACGACGCCCCCCCCCGGCAUGCCACAAAUGGCCAUACACGACCGCCCGACGAGUAGCAGCAGUCGGUCCAUGUCCCUCGUCCGAGAAACCCAAAGAAUGGCGUCCCCUGGGCCGCUUCCCCUGCCACCGCCGCCGCAUCACCAGUACCAUCAGGACCAGCACCACCCAUCACCCGAGUCCUCCGAAAUGGCCGGCCUGGCCUCGCAGCCACGGAGAGGAACCGGUGCCCUACGGCCGGUCAGGGUCGACGCUGGGCGAGUGCUCGAGGAAGAACCGGAUAGCCAGCAGCGCAUGCAGGUGGCGAGUAACUUUCCCAAGCGCGCAAAGACGCUCGCGUCAUCAUCGUCGAGGGACACCGUCUUCGUGGCGCAGCAGUCAUCCAUAGAGAAGUUCGUUGUCAGCAUCUGGAAGCAGAUUCAUGGCGGCACCAGCCUCGAGUCCCAGAGCCUUCUUGAGCAGUGGCAGCUGACGGCCACGGCGGCGAUGACAACCAUCAACAACGCCGGCAAAAUCCACGUGCCGGAGCAGCUUGAGCUCAGCCUGCUCCAAGCGCCGACGGCAGACGGCCUCAGCCUCGGACCUGGCUCCGGCCCCAGCAACACGACGGCGGCCUUCGCUGAAAUCGACAUGGAGGGCACUUUCAACCGCAGCAACAUUUUCUGCCGCAAGGUGACGCAGGCGAGCCCGGGGUGCCGGUCGAUCGAGGUGAUUGUGCAGGCGCGGUGGAUCGAGCACUUUGACUCGUACGUCGAGCUGCUGGCUGUGACGAUCCCGGGCAUGUCGCCGACGAGGCAGCGCAAGGUUGCGCUCAUCGAGGCGUGCAAUGACUUUGGGUGGUCGGAGAAGAAGCUGCGCAACAAGAUGGCCAUCUGGCGCGGGUACAAGGAGAUCAAGGACGCAGGCGGGUGGGCGGCGCUCGUCUUCGCCGGCAUGGGCCUCUACCGGUUCUGCAAGUACCGCGUCGGUUUCGAUACGGAGAGCGUGCAGCGGCUUCUCUGCCUCCGCCCCCGUAUCGAGGUCGCCGCCGACACGCUGCACCCGACGUGGCGGCAACUGCUCAUGAUCGUGGGCGAGCCGGCGCAGCGGCGGUUCUCCGGUCACCCGCACGAUUGGGUGGUCCGGCAGGACGAGUCGGACCCGGUGCCGCUCCGUUUGACGUACCUCGAGCAUGACCCCUACUUCGGCUUCAAGCAGCUCGAGCACUCCGUCAUGGACAUGAGCGCCUGGGACUCCGACGACCCGCGCUGGGUGCCGCCGAUGAACACAGUGGCCUGCAUCCCGGGGAAGCACACGUGCCACUCGUGCGGCCAGGAGCAGUCCGAGGACCCCAAGUUCAACUCGUGCUACUGCUUUCCGACCCUAUUCGGCUCCGGCGGCCGGAGCCCGUGUCCAGUGCAGGUGUUCCGGACGCUGGACGGUCGCAACAACGGGUUGAUGGCGCUCUGCCCCUUCGAGCGUGGCGCUGCCAUCGGCGAGUUUGUCGGGCUCAUCACCAAGGACCUGCAGAACAUGGACGUCAUGGACAGCUCGACGGGCAUGCGGGCGUACCAGAUCUGGCAGGGCCGGCAGGGUAACUUUACGCGCUUCGUUAACCACAGCUGCAAGGCCAACGCGCAGUUCCAGCAAUUUGUGUGGAUGAGCGCCCAGCGCAUCGUCCUCGUGAGCAAGGGCAUCGAAGCCGGCCUCGAGAUCACGGUCGACUACUCAGAGAGCUACUGGCGCGGCCUCGACAAGGGCUGCCUCUGCGGGGAGUCGUGCUGUCGGUACCGGGGUACGCCAAGAUGA